AUGGCCUUAUUUCUGUCUACAAGCACUCUGUUGCUGUUUCUGACAAUCGCCGGAGCGCGGAAUUGGUUAGUUGGGACGGGUUUCUUCGGCGUUCAGAGCAAUUUUUCGUUCGGGAUCAACCUGGUUGGCACCGAAUUUACAUUAUCGCGCUGGAAGUUUGCGAUGUUUGGCUUCUCACGUGCAAAGAGGUGUAGCCGGCCAUGCUUGUAUUACCCCAACACUACCGCUACAUUCCGCGUGCAGCUUGAGGGCGAUCUCGUGUUUCAGCUCAACCCAGGUCCUUUGGGACACGAUGACGGCUCCCUAAAGAAUACUACCAAUAGACAAUGGAGUCACACUACCGGACGAGUUAACACGAGUCGCAUUCCAUUAACUACUCCCUCGCAAACAGCUCAACGGUUUGCAAAGCAGCAGUGCAUCUGGCGGGACACUAACAAUCUAAUCAAAAUAAAUCGCGUUCCUGGUAACAUAAAGCCACAUAAGCAGAUGGUGUUCUGCCACAUCAAUGCUCGGUCGGUCAGGAACAAAACAACCGUGAUCAAUGAUUACAUAUGUGAUCACAGCGUGGAUUUAAUGGCUCUAACGGAACAUUGGUUGUCGCCAAGUGACUUGGCUGUGAAGACGGAGAUGUGCCCGCAAGGUUAUAGUUGCGUCUUACAAUCAAGGCCAAACCGACGUGGUGGCGGUACUGGACUACUGUACCGAGACUCACUUGACGUGUCUACGGUUAAGUCUGGCAUUAGUUCGCGUGAGUCGUUUGAGUUCUCAGAGUUACUUGUGAAGUCAUCCUCCUAUAACCUGCGGGUUAUUGUCAUAUACAGACCACCCUACUCAGAGGCUCAUCGUGUCCCGACAAGCGUCUUCCUCUCGGAGUUCCCUGAAUACUUAGAGAGCCUGUUGUUAUGCAAAGAAAACCUACUUAUAACCGGUGACUUUAAACUACACGUCGACGAGCCAAACGAAAAACGCCCAAAAAUUCUUGGAAACACUAAGAGCCUUGGGUCUAGUGCAACAUGUCUACCUAGACCUGGUCUUCUCGUCAAUACCAUCAACUACCGGAGGCUUAUGUCUAUUGAUUUGGAGCAGCUGAAAGCUGAAAUGCUGCAAUCCCCCCUGUGCACUAAAGACUCGCCAUCAACUGCGAAUGAGCUUGAUAUAUAUGUAAAAGAGUAUAACAACACCCUUGCAAAAUUACUAAACCGACAUGCACCCAAUAAGACACGGACUCGGGUUACUCGCCCAGUGGUGCCCUGGUACAAUGAUGAGAUCGAUCAAGCUAAGCGUGCUCGCAGGAAAGCGGAGAGGAAAUGGAGGAAGUCUAAACUGCCUAGCGACCCCGCUGAUUUCAAAAAGAAAAGAAAUCACGUCACCAAUGCAAUGAACAAAGCGAGAGACGAGUACUACACUCAAUUCGUCGAUGAGAAUAGCUCCGACCAGAGAAAGCUCUUCGAUGCUGCAAGCAAGCUUCUGGAUGCUACUAGUCUGUCCUCACAAGACGUGGAGCUCGUCCCCCCGGACAAGCCAUGGUCAAGCGAAAACAGAACACUCACUCAUUUUAACACCUUGAGUGAAUCUGAUGUGAACGACUUGAUGAGCGGGUCAGCGAAGAAAACGUGCAUUCUUGAUCCUAUGCCGACUUGUCUGGUCUACGACUCUCUCGAAGUUCUACUCCCUGUCAUAACUAACAUGGUAAACUCAUCUCUGUCUACUGGUCAUUUCCCUGCUGACUGGAAGGAAGCCGCUGUAACUCCCUUACUUAAAAAAGGUGCUAAGGACACCGGAAAUAACAAUCUACGUCCAGUCAGUAAUUUGCAGUUUACUUCCAAGAUCACGGAGAUGGCGGUAUUUAAUCAACUUUACGCCCAUGUCACGGAAAAUGUUCUCCUACCUGAGCUACAAUCGGCUUAUAGGAAAUCGUACAGCACGGAGACAGCUCUUUUAAAGAUUGCAAAUGACAUCCUGAUCAACAUGAACAGCCAGCACGUGACCCUUUUGGUGCUGCUAGAUUUGAGCGCGGCAUUUGACACUAUCGAUCACUGCAUACUUCUUCAACGCCUUAACACAUAA